CUGAGGUCUUAGAAAAGCCUCCAUGCAAUGUUCACAUAGCGAGUGGCGAAAGAAACACGUGGUCGUUGUUUCACGACUUUUUUGUCGUAAGAUCCCAGGAUCACGUUACGCACAAGCGUUUUGAGCUGUUCACCUAGCAGACAUGGAGAAACCAAAGAACUAUUAUGUUCUGAAAGAGACAGAGCCACCCUCAAAGAAGGCUCUUUAUAUCGCUGUAGCCGUUGCUGUUGUGUUAUUCCUGGUGGGAUUAAUUCUUAUCGUGGUUGGUGGAGUUUUAACCUCCAAAUCUAAGAAGGAAUGUGUAACUCCUUCUGAAGCACCCAUGGUGAAACCUUCGACUUCGACUUGCAAGUAUUCCGCCGAAGCUAAGCGCGUGGGAUUGGACGAAUUCCUUCUUAAAGUGAAAACUACCUAUUACAAGAUGAAUCCCAACAACGUGGUUUACGAUCCUGAUUCGACGCCGACGACCAUUCGCGAGGAUUUCAGCCCGUACGAAGCUCAUCCGGAGGCCAUUCGAAAAUGGACAGAUGCGGCCAAAGCACUUUAUAAAGAGGCUAAGGCGCUCGACACAAAGGCAGACAGCGCUAAGAUGAAGCCACGUGAAAUCAAAGCAAUCGCGCAAGUAAAGCAUUACCUCCAAAGUAACUUCGGCGCGCCCUACGACGAGAACUAUUACGCCGGAGAUUGGAUGCUUGGUCCUAAUAAAUUCUGUUGGCAGCCCAUCUGCAGCGUGGGGAACGACCUCAAGGCUCAUUUCACGUAUAAGCAAUGGGGUAUACGACCCAAGACGAAGAGAGACUUGACAUUUGUCGUCGAACAUCUGAAAAAGCUUCAUGAUUCCUUGGUGCAAUACAUCGAAAAUGUUAAGUACGGAGUACGAGCAGGAUUUGUUCGAUCAGAGGAGGACUGUCAAGACGGCCUAUAUUCCAUUAAACGCGCCUAUCUGAAAGUGUCACAACAGGGCCCUCGGGGAGUUCUGAACGAAUCGUAUACGAAAGAGAUGCUUGAUCCAAAAUGGCUGGCUGACCUCCCAAAAGAUGUAUCUGAUGCAUGGGAAAAGGAACACAAAGAAUCUGUCAAGACGUACGUAAAUGAAGCUCUUGUCGAGUAUGUGGGGAAACCACUGGACAGCUUGCUGAAAUACUUGGAGUUCGAACAUUCUCAAUACUGCGUCCCCAGUAACAUUUCUAGCGGUCUCGCUACGCUACCACUGUCAUAUAUUUACAUAAACGGUAAUAACACCGGGACACAAACCACUGGUAAACUCCCAAAUGGUGACCCGCUGGACGGAAAGAAAGCCUAUGAAAUGAUAUUACCUUACUUCACCACGAGUAUGGAGAUGACACCUGACAAAGUUUACAAACUAGGGCAGACGAUGCUGGAUAAGCUUUAUCCGCGAGCAGUGCAAAUAGCAAAGGAAAUAACAGGGCAGCAGGACGAAAACCAGGCAGUAGCAGCAUUUAAAAAACGUUUGGAAGAACAGAGUAUGUUUUUCAAUGACGAGAAAAUUCCUGAAAACGAGAGUAACAAGGAUGCAUUCGAGAAGUGUACCAGUAUGGAGCAGGCCAAAAUAUACUGUCCUAAGAGAUACAAAGCAAUGUUGACCUGGUUUGACUAUGUUAACACUGUUUUAAGUGAUCUUGCCCCGAAAACCAAUCACAUGUUUCAUUUCACUGGUAAACACCAGAGCACACCCAACUGUCCAGUCAAGCUGGUAGCGAAUUUUAACCCAGGCACUGGCUCCCAGAGCUAUAGAUCCAGCGAUAGAGACUGUACCAGAAAUGCACUGUACCGGUUACCGUUCUAUUUGAAAGACAUGGGACCAAGAUACAAUGCCAUAUCCGUGGGUGCUCACGAGGCGAGGCCUGGACACCAUACGCAGGUCCAGGGUUUCACAGAAUUGUUCGGGGACAGCUGUGAAGGCGUGAUACGCUGGUUGAAUGCCGCUUCCUACUAUACCGCGUUUACGGAGGGCUGGGCACUAUAUGCUGAGAAUCCGCUCAUCGCCGAAGAAACAGACACUUACAAAAACAACCCGCUGCAGUUGUAUGGCAUGCUUAAGUGGCAGAUAUGGCGGGCAUUGCGCUUGAUGAUGGACACUGGCCUUCAUUACAAAGGAAUGAAAAGGUGGGAAGCGCUGAAACUCUUCGCUGACUAUGCCUGGGACAAAACUGACAAGGCUGUCAAAGACGUGACGCGCUAUCAAAGCGACCCCGGCCAGGCAACCGCUUAUAUGAUUGGCCAGUUAAGGAUUUGGCAAGUACGAAAUGAAACUAAGGAUACCAUCGAAGAAGGUAAAAAGAAAUUCAGCGAAAAGGACUUCCAUUACCAGGUUCUUUCCCAAGGAUCCUCGCCACUAAGCUACUUGGAAAGACACCUAUCAAAGUACGCUGAGUGUGUUGUCAAACCUGACUUGGAUGGCUGUGAAUACAUCAUAAGCAGCCCUUCCAGAGCUGGCGCCUCUACCAAAGAUGCCUCUACUAAGCGACCCAAGAAGCCAUUUCAACCGCGACCUUAUCAUGAACACCAUGAAUAGUUGCACUAGAAUAACCCCUCUGUGUUGGAGAAUAUAUACAAAAAGUUGUAUUAGUUUUUUAAAUGAUAUCAGUUUUUCUUUAUAAAUGGCUUAGUAGCUAUAAUUGCAAUAAUGGCUUUUUCAUUGACGGAAAUUGAAGAUUCUUCAUGACGAAAAAUAAUCAAAAUAGUAAGAAAGUACCUUAUACAGAAUAGUUUGUAUCAAAAAUCUAAAAUUAGUGGAUCCACUGUUAUCAGUCAAAAAAGUAAUAAAGUAGCUUAUAAUUAUAAAUAGCUCGUAUUGAAAUUCUAAAAUCAGUGGAUCCAGCCUUAUAUACUCACUGUAAUUGUCUUCAUUUGAACAUUUUUGUAUGGCCAGAGAUGCCGUCAAUUUAGCUGCUCCAUUCCAAAAAUUAACUGCAUUUUUUUUUUGGUUUGUUUGUCUGUUUUUUUUUUUAAUUUUAAUGUUGAACUUUCGCAUGAAACAGCAAGAAAGAUGUCAGUCAGUCUUUCAAAUAAAUGCUCCCUAUAUACUGAGCUACAAUAAAUUUUCUGUGUAGUUUAACAUUUA